AUGUUCAGCAUCACUGUUCCCUUCCUCUUCUUUUUGUUGCUGCUGGGAGUGGGUGGUGGUCUUCGACGUUUAAAGCCAACUCAGUGCAACUUAAUCUACAAAAACGCUUGUCAUCAGUACCGAGAGGUAGGCGACCAUGAGAUCAUCUGCCGGAGAGACUCGGGAUAUCAGUUUUGUCAGCAAACUUGUAACAGCGCCCGUUGCCGCUUGCAGUGCAACGCACCAAUCUCGUGUGAACAGAAGUGUGUGGCAGGUCGUUGCAACGUUAUGCUUUGCAAUUCGAAGAGCUGCAGUCAAAUUUGCAUAAGAGGGAAGUGCCAACUGAUCGAUUGUGGCGGGAAAAACUGUCGACAGCACUGCUUCAUGGGUGGCUGCGACAUGCUUUGUUCGAAAAAUGCAGAAAGUUGCAUUCAGAGCUGCGAAGCGGGAAAAUGCACCAUGCGAUGUCCUUUAGGUGUCAAGGUGUGUAAACAGACAUGCAAGGGUGGAAAAUGUACGAUGAUUUGCCAUGCGGAGACAUGCAAACGUUCUUGUGAUGGAGGAGAGUGUACCUAUAGCUUGAAGGUAGCCAGAGAUCUGGAAGCCGUACAUCUUCCUCCUCGAUACGUAGAAUACUGCAAUGAGAACGAUGAUAGACAUGCGGGCACUUGUGUUCAGAAAUGCUCCGAAGGACAUUGCGGCAUGAACUAUAAGUACACCCAUCAUAGUUCGUUGCUCCAGGUUUGUCAUGGAGGAAACUGUGAGUUUGAUUGCAAAGCGCCACUAAGAUGCACGCAAAUCUGCACUGGUGGCAAAUGCACCAAAUACCUAUGCAACUCAAAACUUUGCAUUCAAGAAUGUGUUGCUGGAAGAUGCAAAAUGGAAUGCGAAGCGGAAACCUGUCUCCAAAUGUGCAGAGGUGGAGACUGCAGCAUGAGCUGUCUGUCCAACGUCAACGAGUGUCUCCAAUGGUGUCCCGGUGGUAACUGCGUUCUUGGAUGCAACGCAAAACAGUGUAAGCGUUAUUGUGACUCUGGGAGCUGCGUAAUCCCAGCCGAGGGUCCCAGACUUAAAGCAGUGUUCAGGAGAGUGCGAUGCACAAUGUUGACACGUGAAUGCCAUCAAACAUGCCCUCCAAAGCGUAGCUGUUCUUUACAUGGAUGGAUACAUCUUAGAAUUUACCAUUCCAUAAAUCAGAUGUGCAGUGAGGGAGACUGCCGAGCAAUGUUCUGCCAAACUUCAAACAGAUGCAAGCAAACGUGUUCAGAAGGUGCAUGUGACUCGAUGUCCUGCACAUCUUACACGUGUUUGCAAGAUUGUGCUGGAGCCAACUGCAACAUGGAAUGUAACGCUAAACACUGCACUCAGUUUUGUCGUGGAGGUGGGUGCGAGAUGAAAUGCACGGAGAACGUCGAAACCUGUAAUCAGUCGUGCAAUUCUCAGAUUUUGAACUGCAGAACUGUCUGCCUUGCCAAAUCGUGUUCGAUUACUUUCUUAUAAAAAUCAAACUUAAACAGAGAAAGUACUGAUUUUGUUCCUACCAUAAAAUGCUUGUUAUGGCGCACUACCCCCAGCCCCUAAGGACGUAACCUCUGUCCAUUAAGUGUCUAUGUUAAUCUACUGACGUCCAAUGGACAUAGGUAAUAAAUUACCAAGUAGAACGCAGAUCUAAACCCAUUACCAGAUUAUUUAUCCGAGAGUUUGUAGUCAGCAUGGUACUGUAUUCCCUUUUCUAUUUAACAAUUAGAAUAUGAGCUCGAG